AACACCCAGCCAACGACAAGGCGACUACGGAAUACGGACCCGGCAGCAAUUUAUAAUCGACACCGACGCUGCGUCAGCGCCGCCGCGUUGGCUGAGGCUGCGGCAGAAUCAGCAGAGCAGGCAGCUACAAGCAAAACAAGAACAAAAUCGGAAAAUCGUUAUGCGACUACUACUAUAAACCACCACAAAUUCGCGGUCGUCUGUUGUUGCCGGGAACCUCACACUCGCGCAUCGCAGCGAAUCGGAAUCGCAAUCCUCGGCUCUGACACGGCAGGCGCAUUAUAAUUUUUUGUUUGCGAAUUACAAAAUCGAAUAAAAUGGAUCCAUCCAAUCUACCAUUUGGUUUUCCCGGCCUUCCCAACCACGGACACAUGCCAAUACCACCAACUGCCAACAUGCUGGGUGGUGUUCAUCCUGCGCCGACUGCCAGUCCGCCCCAGAGUGUGCCCGGACGGCGCACUCCAUUGGGGUCCGUGGGCCUGGGUGGCUUCUACGCACAAGGAAUGGGCAUGUCGCAGCAGACCAUGGCCCCUACGGAUGAGAACAAGCCCGGACCGAGUGGAGCAGACAAGGCGUUGAGUCCAACAGCCGUUGCGAUUGCUGCCAUCAGUGGUGGCACCACCACUGUGGCCGUAUCGAGUGGUUCAAGUGGUGGACCCGGAGGCAGUGGAUCGAAUGGUGGCAAGCAGAAGAAUCGCCAAGGAAAGACUGUGCGAUUGAAUAUCAAUGCCAGGGAGCGUAGACGGAUGCACGAUCUGAACGAUGCACUGGACGAGCUGAGGAGUGUGAUUCCCUAUGCCCACUCGCCGUCGGUGAGGAAGCUCUCGAAGAUUGCCACCUUGCUGCUGGCCAAGAACUACAUUCUCAUGCAGCAGAAUGCCCUUGAGGAGUUGCGAAGACUUCUGGCCUACAUACAGACCACAACCGGAUCUGCUCCUCUGGAUUUGGGAGCCUUCCCAGCAGCAGCCAAGUUGCAGGCCCUGCUUCAGGGACCACACCAUGAGCCGCCCACCAGCAGCAGCAGUUAAAUAUGUAUUUCCCAUCUAUAUGUUCUUCUGAUAAGCAAUCGAUAAACAAGCAAUACUUCUUAAGUCAAUUCGAAAAAGGAAAAAGAAAAUAAUUCUAGUCAGACGAAAUGGAGGUUGAGAAGAUUUCUGUCCAGAGCAGCCAAAUGAGAAUCUGUUGAGUGAUAUUUAGUUCUUUAAUAAGCAUUUCUUUUGUGCGCAUUUAUAUGAUGUCAAUGUACGAUGUAAGAUGAAUAUUACCAAAUAAAGUAUUACGUAUUUCAUGAUAA